AAUUUCUUUAAAUCCGAGCUUUAAAAACAUUACAAAAAGGCCCCUCAUGGCCUCCUUGAGUGGACAAACUCAACAGAGAAAGCUUCCCAUACUGCUCUUUGACAUCAUGGACACAAUCGUUCGUGACCCUUUUUACCAGGAUGUCCCUUCCUUCUUUGGAAUGCCUAUGAAGGAACUAAUAGAAUGCAAGCACCCAACUGCAUGGAUUGAAUUCAAAAAGGGGCUGAUUGAUGAGGUGGAGUUAGCUAGAAAAUUCUUUAAAGACGAAAGGCCUUUCAAUUUGGAAGGACUUAAAAAUUGUAUGAGAAGAGGAUAUUAUUACAUAGAAGGUGUUGAAGAAUUGCUUUUUGAUUUAAAACAAAACAACUAUGAGAUGCAUGCUUUCACUAAUUAUCCUAUUUGGUGCAUGAGAGCUAAAACUUCUUAAAUUGGAAGUGAUGAAAACAUUUUAUCAAAAUGGUAGCCAGUGAGAUGGAGGAAGCUCUAGCUCGGUAGAGCACAUAGCCCGCUUCAUGAAACUGAUUGGUUGCCUUUCAAUAUAUAGAGUACAUGAUAAAAUUAGUGUCUCCACCGUUUCCACCACCUCAGUCAGCAAGGAGUUUCGUUCAUCAAAUUUCACUUUUUUGGAGGGAAACAAAAACAAUCGGGUGUCCCUCAUUUCUGUGAUUCCUAGCCUCCUUGUCCAUCCAGUUAUGGGGCAGACUCAACUGCAGAAAGGACUGCUAGCGGAGGCUAUUGAAUAUUUGGAGCGUGCUAUCUCCAAGCUCUUCAUCUCCAGCCAUCCCACAAAAGUUGAAAAUAUUGAUCUUUUAAUUGUUGCUUCUCAGUGGGCCGGUGUUGCCUAUAUAAGACAGGGGAAAAUGGCUGAAGGAAUUGUACACCUGGAAAGAAUUGCAAAUCUGGAAGAGCUAGAGGAAAAAAGUUCCAAAGCCCAUUAUUAUGAUGGAUUGGUAUUACUUUCAAGUGCUUUAUGUAAUGUAGGUCGCAAGGCUGAAGUUGUAAAGCAUCUGCAUUUAGCUGCUGCUUAUAAUCCCGAGUAUAAUGAA